AUGGCGGUUGGUCUGUGGCAAGAUAAGUAAUAAAACCGAUAUCGAUAUUGUUGGAUCCAUUGGGAAAGUAGACGUGGAAUAUUAGGAGAACAGCGCAGGAACGUCGAAAAAACAGCGCUCGCUUUGAUUACAAAUCUCACGGCGAAGAUGUCCGAAGAUAGCGAAAGAAUAUUCGAGCACCCCAAUGGGGCCCCAUUAGGAUCCAAAGGUAGUUGGGCCAGUCCUCCUAUAUCUGACUGUCCUUCUUUCUCUCUUAUUCUCUCGAUGAAUCCAUGGUAG